AUGCUGCUGGCCAGAAUACCCCUCCUCGCCGCCAGCGGGCUCGCGACCCUCGCCACCGCCGCCGCGGCGGCGGACCUCAACACGCUCCUGUUCAACAUGAGCUUGUCGGUGAUGGACCCCGUCGUGUUCUCCCUCGACGCGCUGCAGCCGACCUUCCUCGACCUCGUCAACACGCCGUACCAGGAGGGGAUGGUCGGCACGGGGCCGGUGCGGCUGUACUCCAACUCGAGUAACUGGGGGAGCAACAGACCGUCCGUGUCGAUCGCGUACACUGGCACCGAGUUUUAUGUGUAUGGGUGGUGGGAGAACUGGAACACGCUCAGCAAUAAGCCGCUCAGCGUGUGGUGGAACGGCUUGUCGACGCUCAACACGCACGACGGGAUGCCGGUCCUCCAGCCUGGCCCCGACGGCAUGUCCCUGCUCGCCGACUCGCUCGUGAUGCCGAACGGGAACCCCAACGCCCUCAGCUCGGCGGGCAACGCGUCCCUCGUCGCGUCUAUCGCUGCGGAUCCGUUGAAUCCGUCCCGCGUCGGCGCGCACCAAGGCCGCUUGACGGUCAACUAUGCCUCUGGGGGCGGCCGGCUCACCAUCUCGGGGGUGACAGUGACGUGCAUGAUGGAGGCCGAGGCCACGACCAUCAACGACGUCAAGGUCUCGACGGUCCCCUUCGUGCAGGACGGCCGCGCGAACCCGUACUUCAACUACUCGGACCAGUGGGUCGUGGUGAACGGCAUCGGCGGCGUCGGGGGGCAGGCGUACACGCCGUACCCGUUCCUCAACCACACGAUCGGGCAAGGCUUGGCGACUGUCACGGUGCCAGUGCCGCCCAACACGGCGUUCAUGUACGUCACGGGCGUGCGCUUCCCGCGCGCCGGCCCGCCAGACUUUGUGUGGACGCCCGACCCGCCGUACGCCGCCGUGCGCGGCGGUAGCGUGAGCCCCUACAUGAACAGCUCCUACGUGUACCCCGGGGCGAUCAUGCACAUGCAGACGCUGGACCCGCGCAAGACGUACACGCUCACCAUCAAGCCUGGCAACAUGCUCGGGCUGGACAGUGCUGUGUUUUACUCGGCCUCCUUGAAUGGUACCGGGACGGUCGGCGACCCCAGCCGUCCGACCAACACACCUGGCGCCGGAGUUGGAGGUGCCGGUGCGGGGACGGGGGGCACCGGUGCAGGGGCAGGCGGCAAGCCCGAGUCGCACAACAAGCUGUCAGCCGGCGCGAUCGCAGGAAUAGCAGUCGGCGCAGUCGUCGGCGUCGCCCUCAUCGCAGCAGCCAUGUUCUUCCUCGGUCGGCGGCACUUCCGGCGCGAGCUGGCGGAGCGCACGAGCCGCUAUGUCGACAUGCACACCGACACGGCGGCGGCGCAGUACGCCGACGAGCACCGCGUGGCCCCAUACCCGGCCGACAAGGGCUACGUGCCCGUCGCGACUGAUGGUCCGCCGCCGUCGUUCGUGUCGGGCCCGGUGCCGGGGGCUGCGGCGCCUGCUGCGCCUCCCCGACCGCCGUCGGUGCGCACAGCGAUGACGCGCGGGACGAUGCUGCCGCCGUAUCGCGAGUGA